CCAUCUUUUUACUGUUUUCCUUUGUCCCUUUUGUAUCACAGAAUCAUUCUGGCAUCUCUCGUAUUCCUUCUCCUUCUCUCUCUCCUCCUUUCCCUUCAUUUCCUGGUUUUGGUUUUUCUAUGGUCCUGCCUUUCCACACAAUCCACUAUAGUUUCUUCUAUACCUUCCUUGUGGAUCUGUCACUAUGACUUCCUCACUCGUGAAGAUCCAAGGCGAACAGGUCCUCACCAACGAUUUUCAGGACCUUUCAAUCAAAGAUCUGAGUGAGAAAGGGACUGAGGCAGAGAUUCACAAGGUGGGGUCUUAUGGAAGCCAUGGGGGAAUCUGUGCUAUCUGCUUGGAUAAGAUAGUGCUGCAGGAAACUGCUCUUGUAAAAGGUUGCGAGCAUGCUUACUGUGUAACAUGCAUCCUUCAUUGGGCUACAUACCGUGAGAAAGUUACCUGCCCUCAGUGUAAACAUCCAUUUGAGUUCCUCAAUGUCCAUCGCUCACUUGAUGGCAGCAUUCAAGAUUACAUGUUUGAGGAGAGUGUGUGCCUGCUACUUCGGGCCUCAUGGUUCACACCUUUAUCUGUUGAAGAACAUGUGGUUCAUGAAGAUGCAUAUGAAGACCUAGAAGAUUAUUAUCAGUACGAGGAUGAUGAUGAUGAUGAUGAUAUGGAUGAAGUUUACUAUGGUGGUUCGUCCAGUCUUCGGGUUAUUGGCAACCGUAGAUGGGGAGAUAAUGGUUAUGUCAGGGCUGGUCGUCAAGAAGCUCGGCCAGUCCAUCGUCCAAACUUUCAGGAUUCAGGAGCAAGUUCUUCUUCGCAUGAGCCGAAGAAGAAAGAGGCUGGGAAAAUUAUCACAGGCAGAAGGGCAAAGAGGGCACAGAAAAGGGAAGCUGCUGACAAGGCGGCGGAAGCAAAGCAUCAGCAGCAUUUAGUAAGGUUGGGUAGGAAGUGAUUCUAUUUUAUUUAUGUCAGGCCAUGGCCUUGAACUUUCCUUCCCAUAAGUUAAAUAUUUUCUUUUUCUUUACAUUUUUUUUUUCUUGUACAUUGUUUCUGUGCUCUUUACUCUGAAGCAUGUAAUAGAUCUUGGGGAAGGUGUUUUAGAAUAAUGGCUUGGUGGGGUGGUUGGAUUAUGGAAACUCCGAACUCACUAUAGCAUUGAACAAUUUAGGUUUUAGUUGUUAUUAUGCUCUCAAUGCAGGUCUAAGUUGUACAUAAUUUCCAUGUGAUGUUGAUACCUCAACAAUGUUGAUAUCUAUCUCAAAGUUAAAAUUUCAAACACAAGAAUAGUUAAA